AUGUGUAUUGUGUUGGUACACCAUAUUCCCUGUGUUUGUGUCCCUGUGUCCAGGUUGGGGUACAAUAAUCUGGGAGAUUGUGGAGUGAAGCGACUGUGUGAGGCUCUGAGGAACCCGGAGUGUAAAAUACAGAGUCUGUGGUUGGACAGUAACAGUCUGACCGAUGGCUGCACUGAUGAUGUGGUCUCCGCUCUCAGUACAAACCGCUCACUGAGGUUCCUGUACCUGAGGUCUAACUCCUUCACAGACGGCUCUGUCUCCGCUCUCCGCCGCCUCAUACAGACCUGCACCAGUCUGGGAGGGAUCGGGCUGUGGGGGAAUGGGUUCAGUUCAGACGGAGAGAAUCAGCUGAAGUCACUGCGGGGAAUCAGAGCUGAGCUGUUAGUGGAUGUGUGACACUGACUGAGGCAGUGACUGUCCACACAGUCUGUGUAAUAUGGAAUAUAUUCUGGACACUGUAGUGACUGAUUAUUAAAGAUGUUGAUCCUGAUUCUUCUCACAUCUCUGCUCUGGGGACCGUUAUUGACACACACCGCCUACGGCCGUGCGGGCGGCUGGAGAGCCCCGACCCUCAGUCACUGCUAAACUGCUGUAAGCGACCACAACUGAUGCACUUUCUCUCACAGUCUCUCUCUCUC